AUGAAAUAUUAUACAAAUACAAUUCGUUACAAGGUUUCUCAACCCGGAGUGCCCACACCCCAAAUGAUACAAGAUGCCAGUGUUUCGCAACCGUUCUCACCAGCAAUAAAUCGUGCGCUGACAAUUUAUCUUUAUGGAGACGAAAUUCUCUCGCUGGGCUUCAAACUCGUCCCAUUACAGAUUGUUGGGCCGGAUUGGCCCGAUCAUCCGAUAUUCUCGCCCACCAAAAAUGCGAAAGAGAGUACGAGUCGAGUGGAAAAGCCAAAGCAAAAGAGUUAUGACGAUAAUGAUGGUGAAAAGGAGCGCAAACGACCGAUAAGGAAUGACGGGUGGAAGGAUAGAGCAAACGAUGAACGGCGGAAGAGGAACAGAACGACGAAUGAUAAAAGGACAUCAGAAGGAUAUUCAUCUGGGAAGAAUCGUGAUAAUGCCACUGAUAAAAAUGAUCAAUCAACGACUAAACAAAGAGUGCGAUCGUCAGACAAUUACAGCUCUUUUAAACGUGCUGAAGUUAGGUCACCGGAACGGAUAAGGAGGGAAGAACGUUCAAGUGGUGAUGAACGUCGAACGACGAGGGAUCGAGAUAAGUCGACUGGUAGCAGUCAUCAUAGGGAGAGUCAUCAUCAUCGACGUGAGCGCAGACAAGAUUCGUAG